AUGUCCACCACCGCCACACAACAGACGCUCAGCACCAACUCUAUAGCAGCUCGCCGUCGCCGUGCCGGCUCUUUGAGCGCCCCCUUCGCCGGUCGUUUGGGCGGCAACCAAGAAUUCACCGUCGACCGCUCCGAUCCCCAAAAUGAAGAGUUGCUGAAAAAAGUGCCCGACGCAGCACCCAAUUUGACCUUGCGGGAAAGUUUCGAUCUUCGAGGCUUUCGCGAGGUGGAGCUGUGGAAGGCUGCUUUGAUCGAGUUUGUCGGUACCUUCAUCUUCGUCUGGGCAUCAGCCUGGAACAGUAUCUCCCCAAACACGCCUCCGCCCUUACCCUCUGAAACAUCCGGCCCCUUUAGUCGCUCAUAUUUCCUCGGUCCUCUCGUCGCCUCCGCCAUAAACGCAAUUCUCCUCGCGCUGCUGAUCUUCUCCUUCGGCGCCGUUUCCGGAGCCCAUAUGAAUCCACUAAUCACGAUCGGAACAUUCUUUGCGAGAUUAACCACCUUUCCUCGUCUGGUGUUGUAUUUAGCGGCACAGAUCUCGGCUGGUGCGCUUGCCGGGCUACUGUUGAGAGCGGCGGCGAAUACCAGAGAAUUCAAGGUUGGAGGAUGCUACCUCUUCGAGGAUAUGGGGACACCUGUCUCGAGUGCAUUCACCAUCGAAGUCGUCGGCGACUUGCUCUUGCUUGUGCUCGCCUUCGGAGUCGGUCUUGAUCCUCGCCAGCGGGAGAUUUUUGGCCCGGCAUUGGGACCAAUCUUCGUCGGCCUCGCGGCGGGAACUAUGGCAUUGUGUACAGCAUUCAGUCUGCCCGCGUACGGUGGUGCUGGUCUGAAUGCAGCAAGAUGCUUUGGCGUCUUUGUGGGCAGCCGAUUCCCAGGAUGGCACUGGGUGCAUUGGGUGGCGCCGUUUGUGGCCAGCAUAUUUCACGGUAUUGUGUAUUUCCUUGUUCCGCCUGGUGAGCCAAACAGGACAAAUGCACAUAAGAUCGGCAGAGUUACUCAGAAAACUGAGGCGCAGGAGGAGGAGAAUGGAAAGGAGCCCGUAUAG